ACUGUUCUCGAGACUCUCUCUGCCCUCCGCAUCCUGCUCUCAGGUCCUUCCUGCUCGCCCCGCCCCUUUGUUUUGUUCUCAUCUGGAACGUGAACAGGCCGCUUGCGUUUGAACAGGUAGCUAGGAGACGACUGAAAACUAAGAAAGGAUUAUGUUUACAAUCCAACCGGUAACCUCACAAGGAGAUUCCACAGGUGACCUCACAAGGAGAUUCCACAGGGGACCUCACAAGGAGAUUCCACAGGGGACCUCACAAGGAGAUUCCACAGGGGACCUCACAAGGAGAUUCCACUGGGGACCUCACAAGGAGAUUCCACUGGGGACCUCACAAGGAGAUUCCACAGGGGACCUCACAAGGAGAUUCCACAGGGGACCUCACAAGGAGAUUCCACAGGGGACCUCACAAGGAGAUUCCACAGGGGACCUCACAAGGAGAUUCCACAGGGGACCUCACAAGGGACCUCACAAGGAGAUUCCACUGCUCUGGUGACAGGAAGAAGAUCUGGUGUUAUGACAACUCCACAUAUGAGUUCUCUAUUUUUUACUUAACCAACAAUGCAGUUUUAAGAAUAAUGAGUGGCAAGGGCUUGUAAGUAAGCAUUUCACUGUAAGGUUUACACAUGUUGUAUUUGGCGUAUGUGAAAAAAUAACAUUUGAUUUGACACAGGAGAGAGACACCUCACACUUGUUGCAGCUCCAUUCAAUAACCAGUUGCUAUUGCUCCUUUUACCAAGAAACAUUCAAACUCUGCGGGGACAAAAUGAAUCGAGAGGAGGGAGUGUUGAUGGAUGAAAUCGAAAAGAGUUUAUGGAAUUUGACUGAGGACAAUUUACGUUACUUGUGUGAACAUCAUGGACAUGAUGGAUCUGAACUUAAAGCAAUGGAUCAUCGCUCGUUGCGGCGUAAAAUCAUGGAGGAAAUGUGGGACAAUACGGAUUCAAUGAAAUCAGAGGAGCAGGGAAUAUCUUGGUUAGUCCAACUGAAAGAGGACAUCCGAAGGAUACUGGAGGAUGCUAGCAGUGCACCCUCGAGUCCCCUCCAGGCUGAGGAUGCUAGCAGUGCACCCUCGAGUCCCCUUCAGGCUGAGGAUGCUAGCAGUGCACCCUCGAGUCCCCUCCAGGCUGAGGAUGCUAGCAGUGCACCCUCAAGUCCCCUCCAGGCUGAGGAUGCUAGCAGUGCACCCUCGAGUCCCCUCCAGGCUGAGGAUGCUGUAGACUGUGAUGAAGAGUGGAGCGGAGAGGGAGGGGCUGGGUUACCUAGCAACGGGUUGGAGGCGGAGUCCAUGAGUCCCAGACAAUCCAACGACGCUGCAGACUGCGACGUGAAGGACAAGGAUUGGUUACCUAGCAACAGACUGGAGGCGGAGUUUUCUCCAGAAAGGCACACACUAGAGCAAAGAGUGAGAGGCGACACGUCUCUCCCGCCCCCCUCCACUCUCCUGAAGACCCUGUGUCGUGCCUCUCCCGGUACCGCCUUAAUUUGGGGUCUGAAGAGGGUGUCUGUGCAGCUGAUGGACUGCAGGAAAACACCAGGGCAGAAAACCUCCAAGAAAACCCACUCCUGUCCUCAGUGUGGGAAGAGUUUUGCCACAAAAGACAUUCUGGAGCGACAUCUGCUAACUCACACUGGAGAGAAACAGGAAAAUAUAUGCGCUGAAUGUGGAAACGUAUUCAGUACAUUUUCCAGCCUUACCAGGCAUCUGAAAACUCAUACUGGAGAGAAAUGUCAUGUUUCUGAAACCACAUGCUCUGAAUGCAGAAAGACAUUCAGUACACAUUCCAGUCUUAGGAGACAUCUGCUAACUCACACUGGAGAGAAACCGUACGUUUGUCCUCGUGAGAAGAAUUUAAAUGAUCCAAGCAACUUAAAGAAACACAUCUUUAGAACUCACUCAGGAGAACAUUUUGAAGAGGAACCUUCCGAAAACAAUGUUGGUUCCUCAGAACAUGAUGGGGCCAUAAAAAAACAAGUCCUUCAUCCAUGUGCUCACUGUGGUAAGAAGUUGUCAACCAAAACAAGACUAACGAUUCACCUGAAGACCCACACUGGAGAGAAACCUCAUGUCUGCCCCGACUGCGGGAAGAGCUUUGCUUUCCUUCCCUCCUUCACUAAACAUCAGAAACUUAGUCAUUCAGAGCACGAAUGUUCAGUGUGUGGGAAAGUCUUUAAUCAACCAGGAGCCUUGAGGUCCCACCAAAGAACCCACACUGGAGAGAAACCCCACCUCUGCUCCGACUGUGGGAAGAGUUUCUGUUUUCGUUCGUCUCUGAGAAGACAUCAGGUACUCCACGCAGGAGACAGUGCGAAGCCCCACGUGUGCUCUGUUUGUGGGAAAGGCUUCAGAGAUUCUGGAUACUUAAAAAAACACCAAUCCAUCCAUUCAGGAGAGAAACCUCACCUCUGCUCCAAUUGUGGAAAAACUUUCACGUCCUUCCUUAGCUUGACAAAUCAUUCCAAAUCACAUCGUCUAGAUGGAAACCAAUUCCAAUGCCCUGAAUGUAAGCGCCAUUUCCCAACAAAGGAAAGGCUGACAAGCCACCGGAGGACGCAUACUGGUGAAAAACCGUUCUGCUGCUCCCAAUGCCACAAGCGCUUCUCUCAUUCAAAUAGUUAUCAAAGGCACCUUCGUAUGCACUCCGGUGAAAAACCCUUUGUGUGUCCUCUCUGUGGGAAGCGAUUUAAUGACUCUUCGAACCUUAGAACACAUGUUAGAAGACAUAAAGGAGAAAAGGUAGGAAAGACACAGGUCUCUGAGCCAUGCCCUCACUGUGGAAAGAGGCUGGCUUCUAAGGCAGGGUUAGAGACCCACCUGCGGAUCCACACUGGAGAGAAACCUCACCUCUGUGCCAUCUGCGGUAAGCGAUUUACCUUCCUCUCCGCCUUGAGAAGACAUCAGAAAACGCAGCACAGAGAGCAAGUAGCGAAGCCGCACGUCUGUUCUGUCUGUGGGAAAGGCUUCGUGGAGUCUGGAGCGCUGAAGAAACAUGUGGUGACCCAUGAGGAGAAACAGCACCUUUGCUCAGAUUGCGGGAAGAGUUUUAGGGUGCUUCAGGCCUUGUCGAUUCAUCAGAGAACCAAGCAUCAGAAAACAAAUGAGCAAGUAAGAGAAAACAAUUCAUACCUCUGUCUUACUUGCGGCCAGGAAUUCAAUUCGAAGCAUAGAUUGGUAAUCCACGAGAGAAAGCACACAGGAGAGAAACCUUACCAAUGCUCUCUGUGUGGCAGGUGCUUCGCUGAUAAGACUAACAUGAGACGUCACCAGACAGUGCACACAGGAGAGAAACCAUUCCAAUGCUCCGUCUGUGACAUGAAGUUCUCUCAAGUCGCCUCUUUAAUACGGCACCGGCUAAUACACUCGGGUCACAAACCGCACCACUGCACUUACUGUGACAAGAGUUUCUCUCAGUCGAACACGCUGAAAACGCACAUACUAACCCACACCGGAGAGAAACCGUACCAGUGCCCCGACUGCGGGAAGGGUUUCACUGAAAAGAAAGCCAUUAAGAAACACCGAAACGACACACACGGGACAGGAGCACACAGCAACACACUGCUUUCUCAUAGAGAUUGAGUCAAGACCGGAGCCCUCGGGCAAAGCCCUACCAAUGUCCUGACUGAAGAAAAUGUUUCUCGGAGAAAAGAGCUCUUGUUAUUAUUGUUUCAUUUUGAUCUGAAGGUUUGAGAAUGUUUUAAAAUAGACAUGUGCUUUUUAAAAUCGUUAGUUUUUUCUCCACUUGGCCCCAACUGUGAGUCUGGUUUGGAUACAGUCAUGAAUUUGAGCUCAGAACAUUUUCUGGUCUUGAAUGGUGAUGUUUAUUUUCGUAUGUUUAGCUGUGUAGAUUAAUCCUCUGGAAGCUAAAGUGGUUUCAAGUGGAUAGAAACAUGGAUUUAUAUAUUGAUAUUUCAAUAAUACUAUUGCAUUAAUUUGCUGGUUUUGGCAAAUCGCUUUAAAGUGUGCAUUAAUUUGCUGGUUUUGGCAAAUUGCUUUAAAGUGUGCAUUCAUUUGCUGGUUUUGGCAAAUUGCUCAAUCAUAAACAUUCUAAACAAACUAGUGAAAAUCACCAGGAAAUUGAACACUCCUUUCUGAGAUGUAUCAUCAUUACAUGGGCUAUUCCCGAAAGUG